AUGAAAACCGAACUAGUGAAACCACCGAGACCAACGUCCCUAAAAGCCAGUACAAGUGCGACAAAUCUGCUUGUGAUUCCGCGUCAGAAACGGCGGCAACGUAGCCUCUCCCUGGAUCCUAAAAUCGUGCUUAACUGGGCGAUAAUUCGCAAUGAUUUGGAUACAGUUAAAGGAGUAGUGGAAUCUCAAAAUGUUGACAUCAAUGAGCCUGGUAUUGACGGGUUUUACCCGCUGCACAGAGCGGCUACUACGGGGAGUUUGGACUGUUUAAAGUUUCUGAUAGAACGUGGCGCUGACCUGAAUGUACUCGCGACAGACGGGUCAUCGGCGCUCGACGUGGCGGUUGCGGAGGGUGAAUACGACUGCGCGCUUUUAUUGGUCAAAUCUGGCGCGAAUAUUAGCCGCAUUAAGGACGGUCUACUGUGCGGGAUUACAAAAUAA